CUGAAGCCCAAGAUCUCGGAGGUCGAUAAGGCUGUUGUUGCACGAAAAGGUUCCAUAGUAACCUUGAUGUGCUCUGCCACGAGGGUUGGAAAACUUACAACCUAAAGCUCUUGGGAAUUCAACGGACAAGAAUUAAAGAAAAGUAAACAACAAAAUAAUAAUACCAGAGCCACACUAUCAGACAAAUAAAAGAAAAGAAAACUUUACUUUAUCUAUCAAGAAUGUUUCGGACACAGAUGUUGGUACAUACACCUGCAAAGUCUCCAAAAUAAACCUUGACACGAUGCUUGAGGUAAAGGAGAAUAUAGAGCUGUCAAUUCAGGAAGAAAGUGUUAUUGCUCUGAAGCCCAAGAUCUCGGAGGUCGAUAAGGCUGUUGUUGCACGAAAAGGUUCCACAAUAACCUUGAUAUGCUCUUCCACGAGGGUUAGAAAACUUACAGCCUCAAGCUCUUGGAAAUUCAACGGACAAGAAAUAAAGAAAAGAAACAACAAAUUUAUAAUACCAAAGCCGCACUAUCAGACAAAUAAAAGAAAAGGAAACUUUACUUUAACCAUCAAGAAUGUUUCGGACACAGAUGUUGGUACAUACACCUGCAAAGUCUUCAAAAUAAACCUUUACAAGAUGCUUGAGGCAAAGGAGAAUAUAGAGGUGUCAAUUCAGGAAGAAUCGUUAAACUCUGGAAUUGACUACGCUACGAAUGCAUCUACCGUCUUAGGUGUCUAA